AAUAUUAAACAAAAAUCAGCUGCUGAAAGUUAAAACGUCAUAAUGACGAGUUUGAAAAUUGAAAUCAAUUAUUGCAAAAUCCUAAUAUUAUUAUUUAUUAAUGUGGUGUAAUAGUUGUGGGUGAUUAUAUAUGUUCUGUUUUUAUUAAAUAAAAUAUCUUUGUGUACGAUUCCUUCAAACAAAAGUGCUACUAACUAAUUAAAACAUUGAAACUUUAUAGAAUAGGCAGACUCAAAUUGUUUUGAAAAUGGGUGAAUCAAAAUCGUAUGUUAGUUUCUCUUGUCAGCGUUGUCUUCAGCCUUUAAAUCUUGACGAGUCUCUGAAUAACCUCGGUGAACACACAAUUGCCGAUCUAACACUUCAAAUACGGCGCAAUAAUGAAGCUGAUCUCGAUCUCCAAUCAUCAAGCCUGGAGCAUUAUGUGCCACCGUUUCGAAUGACAGAAUCAGGUAACGGCGCUAACGGCUUCAUGGUUAUAUCUGACGGCUGGGAGACCACUUCCUUAGGCCAUCAACUGCACGUAAAAGCAACUCUCUUUGAUUUACUUUCUAAUAAUUCUGAUGUAGAUCACCCAUUAUGUGAUGAAUGCACAGAUACUCUAUUAGAAUUAAUGGAUAACCAAUUGAAAAUUACUGAAGCGGAGUGGAAGGACUAUAAUAAUUACUUAAAAAAGUUAGAAGAUGACAAGGAGGAUUUGAAUUUGGAAGGUUUAGAGAAAGAAUUGGAUGACUGGAAACAAGAGGAAGAUAGAUUACUGCAAGAGCUAUCUGCGUUACAGAAAGAAGAGAAAGCUAUGAAAGAUGAGAUUGAAGUGCAGGAGAAGGAGAAGGAAAGAUUGGAACAAGAACAGGAGAUUUAUUGGAGGGAGUACACUAGAUAUAGAAAAGACCUUAUGACAACUGAGGAUCAAAUGAAGUUUUAUGAAUGUCAAUUGGCAUACACUGAAGCUCAAUUAGAGAAGUUAAGAAAAACAAAUGUAUUUAAGGCAACAUUCCAUAUAUCUGACUCUGGUCAAUUUGGUAUUAUAAAUAAUUUUCGACUUGGUCGUCUACCCACUGCCCCUGUUGAUUGGUCGGAAAUUAAUGCAGCUUGGGGUCAAACUGUCUUGCUACUGGCAUCGUUAGGACGAAAAAUCAAUUUCUGUUUUCAGCGAUAUAGGUUGGUUCCAUACGGCAAUCAUUCAUACAUUGAAGUUCUUGAAGAUCAAAAAGUAUUACCGUUACAUGGAUCUGGUGGUUUUCGUUUCUUAUGGGACACAAAAUUUGAUGCAGCGAUGGUAGCAUUCUUAGAUUGUCUUCAACAAUUUAAAGAACAGGUAGAAAAAGGUAAUACAGGCUUUUGUUUGCCGUACAGAAUAGAUAAAGGUAAAAUUGAAGAUACAGCAUCACCACCUCAUGCAUAUUCUAUUAAGAUUCAAUUUAAUUCCGAGGAGCAUUGGACAAAGGCCUUAAAGUAUAUGUUGACUAAUUUAAAAUGGGCUUUAACUUGGAUCUCAUCCCAAUUCACUGAAGAUAAGCUAGAUGGAUAAUAAUGUGAUAUAUUUUUGUAUACAAUUUGUUAAUAGUAAUUUUAAAUAUAUUUUUGUUGUUA